ACUUUGAACCUCUAAGCAGAAACACGUGCACCUCUCUGCGUGACAGCUAUUGUAUACUGUUUGUUUACCUGCGGAAGGUAACCCAAAUACGAAAUCGAGAGUGUUUUUUUGCUUCCUCAUCCUAAACAGUUCAUUUACGUCGUGCUUCUUCCAAAUUCAGAACAUUUAUAAUUUGUGAAUAGUAGUCACUAUUUAAGAUAUUUAUUUAUUGAAAGUGACUUCAGGAAUUUUUUUUAUAAACGUGAUAGAUUUUUUUGUUUUUGGAUGUUCCAAGUGUCUUUGAGAAGUUGUGUAUUUUUAUCUUUGGAUGAUCGAGAGGAUUCGAGGAGUUUGUGAACAGUUCUUCGUCUGUUUGGUUCUGACGUCGAGAUGGUUCCCGAACACAAACAAGUGUUGAGUCAAGCCGGACUCAACUUGAGCAUCAAACAACAGACGGAGGAAUUCAGUGGGUCUCCGGAGUUCCGGAACCAGGCGGAAUUUCGCGACUCUUCGGAAUACGAGGACGUCAAGUCGGAGUACGGCGAGGAGGACGACUACGACGACGACGUUGUCACGGACAAACGUCUGCACAGAAAGCGCAAGCGUGACGACGGCGGCAGCGACCUCAAGAAAAACCGCCCUCGCAAACCGCAGACAUUCGAAGACAUCCAGACCCAGCGAGUGAUGGCGAACGUUCGCGAGCGACAGAGGACGCAGUCCCUGAACGAAGCGUUCACCCAGCUGAGGAAGAUCAUCCCGACCCUCCCGUCAGACAAGCUGAGUAAGAUCCAGACCCUGAAGCUGGCGUCUAGGUACAUCGACUUUCUGUACCAGGUGUUGCGCAGCGACGACCACGACUCCAAAAUGGCCAGCAGCUGCACGUACGUCGCCAACGAGCGACUUAGCUACGCCUUCUCAGUCUGGAGGAUGGAGGGCGCGUGGUCCAUGAACGGAACCACGGGACACUGACGGACAGACGGACGGACAGACUCAGUUCCGUGAGAUUACAAUGUGUUUGUGUAUGUGUGUUUGUGAAAGAUCUCAAAUGACUGCCACCGUUUCACAGGUUCGUGUCGUACCUUGGGGAUGAGUAUAAAGAAUAUACUAGUGUAUGUUGUGUGAGAAUUGUGCGACGUGAUAUUAUGGAAAUUGGAAAUCGUUUCUAGAGCAUGUGCUGUGUUUCCAGAGAAACCAAACAUUGUUUCUAAGACGACUGAAGUGAUAGUACGGAAACAGGACGCUGUUUCUAACCCGUGCCAUACCGUACUUUAGAAAGUGAACAGUGUGUGGGAAUCGCUCCAUGUGACGUCAUGAAACACUUAAGUGGCCACGAAAGAUGAGCAACAGAAUUUAUUUUUGUGUGAACUUCCAAUCCAUAGUGGGACAUGAACCAUUAACAUGUGACUUCAGUGACAGUGGAAACCAUGGUUCGACUGACGUUGAUGGUGUUCUGUGGACAAUAGUGAUGCCGUGGUAUUGCCAUGACAGCAUCAACGUGAACAGUCAUAAUGACAAAGACGAUGAAUCAGUCUGGUACCUGACUGGCGUAUUGCCGUAUUUACGUACUGCUACCGGUAACUGACUGACGUACUGCCGUAUUUACGUACUGCUACCGGUACCUGACUGGCGUAUUCUAAUAUAACAUUUACGUAGCAUUCUUCGUGUUCAAGCAGUUUCGUUUCAACAGAGUGAAAUAAAUUACAGAUGAUUACCGCCAGGUCAUAUUAUUAUGCAAUAAAAUAUGUUACGGUGACAAUAUAUACCAGCACGUAAAAACCAAGAUAACAGUUUAUAAUGAAAUCAACAUAUUGUUGAUUACUAUGAACGUUUUCUCAAAUGUUUUUCUUGUAUGUAGGUCAUUUGUAUGUCGUUGUGAGAACUGGAACUGUGUGUUAUGGCAAUUUCAGCUGUGAGUUCCGGGAAGUUCACAACAAGCUGUUUCUGUAAUCUGUGUGUGAACGUCAACACGGGCUAUUAGUAGAUGUAAUUGGUUUCCACAAUCUCUUCUCAACCCCAGUCAUAGAUCUGUCCGGAUGUCUCAAACUUUCUCUCUCUCUCUCAGUCAGUCACAAGUCAAUUUUAAAGGGGUUUUCGUUUCUAUUAAUAUUUUCAUAUAUCUGGGAGAAAUAUCAUUUUCUAUUUUUUAUUUUAUUAUUAGGCUUUUAUUUCUGGAUUUGUUGGUAUACUAGUCUUUGUAAUGUUGCCAAUAGUGAUUUUUUUUUACCAUAGUUUGAUACCCAAUAGCCGAUGUAUUUUUCGUGCUGGGGUGUCGUUAAACAUCUAUUCUGUUCUAUAUUACUGAGUUAUUAUUAUCUCUGUAUUAUACGUAACACAGGGAUGUUCCCUAAAUGUGUUCUUGAUACUGUAUUCUUAGCUUUAUGAUAUACCACUAUCAACUUCAGACUGAUAAUUAAUAAUGUUUUUAUCUGAUAGUAAAAAGUCAGGGCUCACCCUGACCAUGGCCAUAUUAGCUAAAUACACUUUAUAUAUAUAAAGCUUAUAAGUGGCUACAACAUUUAGUAUUUUGUCUAUAAUAAAACAAAAAUUAAUUAACCAUUUUGUAACAUUUUUCAAAAAAAUAUGCUACUUAUCUCAAAGUCGAUUAAAACAAAAUUAUUCCCAGGGUAAUCCCUGAAAAGUGUAAAAAAAAAAAAAAAAAAAAAAACAUUCAUUUUUUUUUCUUCUAAAUUGUGGACCAAUUCCUAGAGUGAAGUUAUGUGUGACCAGACUGACUGAUGUUAUUAAUUUAUUCCAAACCUACGUGUGUCUCAUUUCAGGUUUGCAUUUCAUUCCAAAAUUACAAAGUCAAAUCAAAUAGUGAAAUAUUGCAAGUUUCUACAAAGAACAUACAUGAAUUUAUAGUGAUCCAACAUGAGUUGACUGACAAUUUUGGUUUGGUUAGGGUUUAUUGUAUUAUAUUUUAUUACGUACUGUGCAGGGUUUGUGAACUGUAUUUGCUAUAUUUUGGAAUGAAAUACACUAUAAAAAUGUUUGAACGAAUGAAAUAUUAUACUGUGUGCCUUGAUUGUGAAUCAAAUCAAAAUAUAUUUAUGUGCAUUCCAAAUUUUGAUAUAAAAUACAAGAUUUGUGAAAAAUAA